AGAUGUUCACACUUCUCACUCGAGGGAUCCCGUCUCUAAAAACUCGUGGUUACUUCAAAGCUAGAUAUCAAACCGGGUCAGAUGUCUAUGAAUCACUGCUUGAGGACGCAAAUCCUGAAGAUGGAAACGCUAAACCUCCCGAAAUUCACAUACGAAUGCCACGAAUUGUGAAUACUUGCCCACCGGGAUCACCAUCGCUACGAUUAGCACUUGUAGUUCUCAGUAUUGGAGCUGCAAGCCACUUUUUGCUUUUCCUAGACAGUGUUGUGGACAACUUGUUACCAGCAGCAAUGCCCUUUUUCCUUUCCGUCUAUGAAAAUAAGGAAAAUGCCAAUCAUGCAUGGGAGAUGCUUGUUUCGUCAAGAAUCUAUGGCCUCGCCAUCGGAUGUUUCGUUGCUGUUCUUAUGUCACAUCGACACGGAAGAAAACUACCGGUAGUUGUUGGGACCAUUCUUGAUGUGAUCGGAGUUGUCCUUACGCUUCUUAUCACAUCAGUUCCCCAUGGGGUUACUGUAGCGACUGUUGGUAGACUGAUCAAUGGAAUAGGACAGGGUAUGGUGCAAACUGCUGGAUCAGUGAUGUUGUCCGAGCUUCCGCCGCUGAAGACAAGAGGAACAGUGUUAGCUACACUGACAAUGUGGGCAUGUAUGGGAGAACUCGGCGGAAUGACAAUUUCAUUGGAUGAAUUUUUUGGAACACCAGAACUCUGGCAAUGGGCGAUGGGAUUUCCUCUACUCCUCUUACUCCCGGCUCUCGUCGUCAUCUGGCAUGCGCCAGAAUCUCCAAGAUACCUUUUCAUUGAGAAUCGUGAAGACGAGGCUCGUAAAGCCAUGUCGUACUAUCAGAGUCCAGCAGAUUGUAAACAAUCUAUCGAGGAGAUUUUGCUUGAAAAGCAAUUUACUAUGGAAAUGAUCAAAGAAAAAGUCGAUGAAAAUGGAAAUACUAGGAAAAAGGAACCAGCAGGGCUACUGAGCUCAAUUUGUGAACGUUUGAAGGAUGGAAGGUUCACUCGUGCGCUUCUAAUUGCUCUUUUUGUUCAGACAUUUGUGCAUCUUGAUGAUUGGCUUUGGAUAUCAUACUCGACACAAAUUUUCGAAAAUUUCGGCCUAACCUCUGGAAAAGCUCAAACUGCGUCACUGAUCAUGUCGCUUCCACAAGCCGUCAUUAGUAUUGCACUCCUUGGAUGCUUUGACAACUUUGAUCGCCGAACUCUUCUCAUUGUUCCGACAAUUCUCAGCGUGAUAUUUGGUUUUUUGGCGAUCGUCUUCUCCAGCCCAGGACUGUCGAAUGUCAUUCCCCUAUUUGUUAUCAUUCCCAUCUUAGCAACUUUCGAUUUAUCCGUCGCUGCGAUCAGUGGCGAAUCGGCUUACGCGAUCGUACCCGAACUAUUCCUCGCAAAUGAUAAAGUUUUGGGAUCAGCUAUUGUGGGCAUCGUUCAGAAUGGAUUUGGAGGGGUUUUGACAAACUGCCUACUAACUGCUUUGAACACUCAUGGAAUAUCAAAUGUACUAAUACCAUUUGUAGCAAUGAACACAGUUUAUGUAGGUGUUACUUACAAAUGGCUUCCCGAAACUGCAGGAAAAACUCCACAGGAAAUCAAUCGUCACUUCUCACCAGAGUUUCCUGGAACAAAUGUAUUCUUAUACUUAAAACACAAAGCCUCGAAAACGUUCGCAUAUCUCAGUGGAAAACCGGCGCUGAUGAACUUUAUCAGUUUUGUGGUGCAGUUGGCGUGCUGCAUAUUUCUUCUCGAUUUUGGAGUGAACAUUUACAAAAACAUUGGAAAGUGAACUGGGUCUCUCUUUUCAAAAUUGAUACCAGUUGGCAAUCGUCGAAACAAGUUGGUCUCUCAAGAAAAAUGGGUUCUUAUGCAUGUAGUUAUAAAUUAGGGGUCGCUUUGUUUGUAGAUUGUCCAUGAAAUAAAAAAGUGUUUUGUUAUAUACGUUUAUUGAUACAAUAAAUACGUUUUAAAGUUGAAU